GUGAUAAAGAGGUUUCUUAAAAUGGUACCACGUGGGUAUCCAAGUUGUGGAAUCAGAUGUUUCAAACUUGAAGAUGGUAGACAUAACAAAGUCGAAUUUUGAGCUCAAGUAUGACGAUAUUGCAAAGGCAAUCGAAAAAUCGGCUUUUAUAGCAUUUGAUGCUGAGUACACUUGCUUGGUGCUAAACAACAGCCUAAAGCCCAGUCUCUUUGACACUGGUGAAGUGCGGUACCAGAAGCUGAAAAAGAUUGUUACUCAGUCCUCAAUGUGCCAAAUAGGAAUUUCAUUGUAUAUACCAAGUGACCAAAAACAAAACAGUUACUCAGUUCAAACCUUCAAUGUUUACUUGUUUCCACAACCAUUUGGACCACUGGAUGCGAAGUUUGUUUGCCAGGCAUCUUCAGUUGCAUUUCUCUGCGAGCACUCCUUUGAUUUCAAUAAGUUCAUGUAUGAAGGUGUUACUUACUUGAACAAGGAUCAGGAAGAAAAUUUGAGAAAAAUGCAUCAACUCGGCCGCAUCAAACAUAGUUGCGAUUCAAUGAAGUUGAGAGAUUACGAUCAAAAUGAGCUCAGACUUCUUCUUGAUGAUAUUAGCCAAUGGAGAUAUGGAGCCAAGACGGGUGACAGCAGAGAGUAUUCGGCCCCAGAUCAAGGAAUAAAUCAAUACGUAUUGCUUGCUGAUUUGCAAGAAAGAUUCAAAGAUGUCAUUUGCCAGGUCAAAAGCGAAAAGGUCGUACUGACGAAAUCUGAUGACGUAGAAAAAGUACGAAAAUCAUAUAAUGCGGAAUUCGAAAGAAUAUUUCAAAUUGAGAUCGGGUUUUCCAGAGUUUUCAAGAAAAUUUCUUCUUCAAGGAAGCCAAUUGUUGGCCAUAACUGCUUAACGGAUCUGCUUUUUAUGUUUGAAAAAUUUCAUAAAUCAUUACCAGAUAAUUACAAAGAUUUUAAAAAAGAGCUGCACAAUCUCUUCCCAGUCAUAUUUGACACAAAGAUGAUUUCAUUUUGUCUUAGAAAGACCAUGAGAGAUGAAACAGCCUUAUUUAACGAAACAAAUCUAUCAGACCUGUACAACAUGCUUAGUAGCAAUCAAGGAAAAUUCUAUGUCUUGUAUUCUCCCUUCAUUGAGCAUGCAGAUGGGUUUGAUCACUAUGUGAGCAAACAUCAUUUGCACGAGGCUGGCUUUGAUGCGUUUUUAACCGGAUAUGUUUUUAUCAGAAUGGCCCAUUUCAUGGCUGCUAAAGAUAUCAAAUCAAGUGAAAUUAUGCCGCUAAAAUUUCGCCAACAGCUACGGGCUCUGAAAGAAUUUGAAAAUUGCAUUAACAUUGCAAGAGCUUCUUUACGUUAUGUGGUAAUUGGUGGAGAUGACCCUCCUUCGCAGAUACCCGCAAGGUUUAUUGUUUGCUCCAAGGGAAACCUUUCAGAGCCUCUAUCUGCAAACGAGAUUGCACACGAGUUUCUGUCGUUCGGAUCAGUAGAUGUUCAAAUGGAAACUUCUCAUAAGGCAAUAGUUGCUGUAUCCCAUUGGAAACGAGCUAAGAAUGUGAUUCACGCAUUCAAGCGUCAUCGCAAGUAUAAAGUGACACCUUACUCUUCUACGUCGAAAUUCAGUAGUGAUAAACUUAUGAGCAUUGGUUUUGGGAUAGUCCUGCUGGUAGCAACGGGAAGCAUAGUGUACUUGCUACUUCCAUCAGAUGAUUCGUAGUUGAAUCUAUGUGGUUUGGUACGGAUACAGAAAGGCUUCAAGAUGAGGCGAGCCUCAUUUUCCUCCGUUCAGUUCUAAAAGGAAUGUCAAGUUAUUACUGAGAACUUUGCAGUGGUGGUUGCUGAUAGAAGAACAAGACACCUAGGAAGGAAGUUGUCGUUUCUAUCUGGCUUCCGGAGGAACCCUCGUGGCAUUUCGAGUAUUUCGAUCCAAAAGUCAACAAUUUUAUUAAACCCAUUCUUACAUACGCACAGUUGUUCGCUGCAAGUGAGAAGCCUAACUGAACAAAGAUUCAUCCCCUUUAUUACCCUAUCAUGUGAUCACUCAUCCCUGACGUCAUAUUUAACUGUUUAUUUUGUCAUUUGUAAGCAAUAAAGCUUAUUCGGACAAAAAGUCGUAAGAAUGUUUUAGUUGAAUAUUUCUUUGUAGACCGUUGAAUAGCCAAAUAAUAUUUUUGCCUAUU